AUGGCCACUGCGUGUACUCGAUACUUCUCCAAGUACGUCAGGCCAGAGCUGAAGGCCUGCUUGCCGUGGAGGUCCAGUUCGCACCCUUCUGCCCGGCACUGUGAAAUUUGCCAUCUCGCGACCUUCAAAUGGCUGUGCUCGCUCUUGCUCUCUCACCGCUUCCCCGUCCUCUUCCGCUUCACUCCGCCGCGGCACAUCGCCACUGCACUCGGAGGAGAACGAGAAGCGUGCCGUUCUCUACAACUCAAUCCUGCAGGGCGCACUGGAGCCAGCGUCCUGGUGGCCUCUGAUGUUGUGAUCACUACUUUGUCGGUAAUCUUACUGGAAAGAUAUGCAAAGACAGCCUUCGACAUCACUCUCCUUGUCCUGGAGGACGACGGGGCUGUUCUCACUGCGUGCCUCGCAGCGGCCGCGAUGGCUCUGGCAGACGCCAGAGUGGAGAUGCGGGAUUUGGUUGCAGGCGCCACGAUCCACUUGCUUCCCGAGUCAGGACGCUAUAGGCAGUGGUUGGGGAAAGCAUUUUGGGUGGAUGGGAUCAAGAGGUCGGGCCGCUACUCCCGGGGCCUUUCGAGCAAAUGGUGCCUAGCCUCUGCUUCCCUUGCAACCGUAGAAGAUCGUAGAAGCGUCGAAACACUAAGUACUCUUGCAGACUUUUCUUCCUCGCCCGCGGCUCAAGCAUGUCGCCAACUGGACCGUCUCCACAUCAUGGUCGGAGUCCCAGAUGAACCUGUGGUAUCCUGUGGUACAACGAGCUAUGCCGCUACGCUCCCUUCUGCCAGGGCACUGGAGCUAAUGCGAAUUGGCUAUCAAUGUCUACCGGCCCUUGCCACACUCACAGGUGCCGGCGUCAGAAGCCUCUCCACCCGUGCGUUUGCUGCAUCGCCCGUGCGGAGUUCUCCGCUCCAGGCAAGCACGUACGUGGCGCCUCCGCGACAACUGUCCUUCUGCAAGGGCCUGCCCUGCUUCCAGCAGACCAGCGCGCGCACUGCGAGCGCUCUGGCGGCCGUAGGCGAGUCUCAGGCGGCAGGCUUCGGAAUUGCUGCCUCGCACCCGGUUCGUGUGCUUGCUAAAAUUCCACUUGGCUGUCCGAAGUGCAAAGGCCCUCUCCUCCUUUUUCAACGGAUCCUUUCCGGCAUGCCAGCGCCUCCCAAAGGCAGAAGCAAGCAGUCGAAUGGCAUCGAGUCAUCGUGGGUACAGCGUCUGAAUGUGUUGCAGGGAGAGCCUCUUGACCCCGUCCUCUUCAAUGGCUUGGUUUGUGCCCUGCCCCCAGAAUCAGCACCUAUCUUGAUCUGGCCCUUUGUAUUCACCGCGGGCGGCGCGUUGGGCGGCGUGCUGUUUGUCUUCGCGGCCCUCUUCAGCUUUGUUGCCAUUCCGAGAGCCGGGUUGGCCACCGCACAGGCAGUUUGGUCCUGCUCGGCCAUCAUCGUGUCUUUCGGGUGGGGUGCGAUUGGUCCAGCUGAAGUGGCGGCACCUGUGGCCGAUAUCACAGGCAGCAUCGCCGCUUUGGCUCUUCUCAUCGCAGGGGCGCUGGUCAUCGUCAAUUGCGAUGGCAUUGCCAAGGGCCUCUCUGGCGAGUCUGCUCGAGAAGCAUCCGCAUCAGGCAUGCCCACCUUGAGAUGGCCACAGCUGCUCCUGUGUCACGGUCUCACGCCUACCUCAUUCCACAGCCGUCGCAGGGGCUCAAACAUAAGCCCCCGCGUGCUUGGGCAUGCUCAAAUGCUGAAAGAGGUGGUGGUCUUCCAUGCCCUACUCAGAUUGGUGCUGGCAGAGCUGGUGAACCUGCAUGGUCCUGCGAGACCAGGUGUUCCACACCACUUCACUCCGGCGGAGCGCUGCUCGUUUCUGCGGCCUCCGCUUCUGCCCUUCUUCUGGGAUCAGCGAUGCAAGCUGAACAAGAAUAAACUCGGGUGCUGGGCCGACGGCGUGCACGCGCAGUGCCGCUUCUGUGGAGAGGAGCCCUAUACAGGCAUCCCCUGCCCCAUGAACGCCAUCGUGCCAAGCGCUGGGUCUGUGUGCAGAUUUGACAAUCCUCCGGUGACGCCGUUCUUCUGGGACUCCUCCUGCUACAUGGGCAUGAAGGGCUGCCUAGCAGACGGGAAGCACAUCGGAUGCAGGUUUUGUGGAGCAGGCAACUACUCUGACAUUGAGUGCCCGGCAAGCGUUUGCAGCUUCACAGAUGAGCCGUGGACGCCAUACUACUGGGAUGAUUUCUGCCAGUGGGGCAUGCUCGGAUGUAACGCUGAUGGUAUCCACAUCCAAUGCCGUUUCUGCGACAAGGUGCCCUUCCAGAGUGUUUCCUGUCCGGAAAAAGCACGACCCGCUUACCCUGACGGGAAGUGCUGGUUUCCUGUAAAACCUCCUGAAGGCCAAGGCCAUUUCUGGGACGAGACCUGCAAAUGGGGCCGCAAGGGAUGCUGGGCGGAUGGCGUGAAUCGCCAAUGCCGCUUCUGUGGCAGUCGACUUUACGCGGACAUUCCAUGCCCGAACGAGACUGAGAUCAUCCCUUGA